AUGUCAGGAUUUGGCCCAAAGAGCAGAGCUCUGAAGCCAUGGCUGGUUGUCCUUCUCAUUGUGUUGGCACUGAUACUGAUGGUCCUGACUGUUGUUGUUCUGGCUCCCUUCCUAGGCUCUGGUCAGAGAAUGGAAUACUACCAUGGCAUCGUUGAAGUUUCACAUCCCCAAGAUAAUAGUCAUACUGAGAAAAAGAGCUCAUAUCAACUUAAGGAAUUGCAAGAGAUGAAUAAACAUUUGGUGGACAAGAUAUUCAUAGAUUCUACUUUGAACAAGCACUACAUCAAGAAUCAAGUAGUCAGGCUGAUCCCAGAAGAUGAUGUGAAGGCAGAUACUGUUACAGCAUACCAGAUCCCCUCUACGGUGCCUAAGACAAAAAGAGAGAAGAAAAGCCACCACAUCUUAAAUCAGAAGAUUAGAAAAACAAGAGCCCUGCCGAUAAAUGUCUCAUCAGUACAAGAUAACCUAUUGUAUUCUUCAGCAGGGAAACUAAGUGUCCAGGCAAGCUGUGGUAAACGAGUUGCUCCAUUAAUAGUCAACAGAAUAAUGUCUGGGGAACUUGCAGCUAAAGGGGCCUGGCCUUGGCAAGCCUCCCUCCAACGUGGUAAUAUCCAUCAGUGUGGAGCCACCUUGAUUAGUAAUAUGUGGCUGGUCACUGCGGCUCAUUGCUUUAAAAGCAAUGCUAACCCUCGACAAUGGACUGUCAGUUUCGGAACGACAAUAAACCCUCCUCUGAUGAAAAGAGAAGUCAGAAGAAUCAUCGUCCACGAGAGAUAUCGCUCCCCAGCAAGAGAGUACGACAUUGCAGUUGUACAGAUUUCUCCCAGGGUCACCUUUACAGAUGACGUCCGCCACGUUUGCUUGCCGGAAGCCUCUGCGUCCCUCCGACCAAAUUCUACAGUCUACAUCACAGGAUUUGGAGCGCUGUACUAUGGCGGGGAAUCCCAAAAUAAUCUUCGAGAAGCCAGAGUGAAGAUCAUAAGCAAUGGUGUGUGCAAGCAACCACAUGUGUACGGCAAUGACAUAAAAUUUGGAAUGUUUUGUGCUGGAUUUCUGGAAGGAAAUAAUGAUGCCUGCAGGGGUGAUUCUGGAGGACCAUUAGUGGUAAGAGAUCCUAACGGUACCUGGUAUCUCAUGGGAAUUGUGAGCUGGGGUGAUAACUGUGGCCAAAAGAACAAGCCUGGAGUCUACACACAAGUGACCUAUUACCGACGCUGGAUUGCUUCAAGAACAGGCCUCUAA